ACUGCAUCUGGACUCCAUUAGCGAGUUUGAGGUAGAAACAACAACAAAAACAGGGAGACGAGACGAGCGUUCAGAGGCUACAGUGGGGUUGCGAGAGUGGAGUCCAGGAACAGACACUGGUCUUCCGGCCCCCGAAUCAACUGCUUUCAACCACCGACAUUGUCUGCCGGGUAGCUAACUCUGGCCUCUGUUCCCCCCUCCUCCUCCGACUCGGACACAGGCGGAGUCUCGCCGCCACCGCGGAAGAAACAACGAGUCUCGGUGGCGGAGGGAGCAGGAGAGCCCGGUGCUUCAGUGACAGCGGGCCUCUCUGCGGUUGUUGGGGGACAUUCAACUUUUGUCCACCCUCGUUUAGCGCCUGUCGCCAACUGCUUUAACCGAAACCCCGUUAACGGCAAUAUCAUGCAGGCCAACGGAGGAGGACAAGGACAAAACCAGGAGCUGUCCUGUUUGAAUAACUCGCAAAACGGAGAGUCUUCGUCCAUCGGAGCACCGCACUCCAAUGGGCUGAUUUCUAGUACUAACAACGGUAGUACUGUCAGUACCAAUAACGGGAUUGCGGUCGGGACAACCUCUGUAUCCGCAACCGCUUCUACUGCCGCAGGUUCUGGCUCGGAUGCCGGGUCUGCCCUGAAAAAGAAAAAGCGUCUUUCUCAGUCAGAGGAAGAUGUCAUCCGACUGAUUGGACAACAUCUACGUGGGUUAGGACUUAAUCAGACCGUGGACCUGUUGAUGCAGGAGUCUGGCUGCAGACUGGAACAUGCAGCUGCAACCAAGUUCCGCAACCACGUAAUGGAGGGGGAAUGGGACAAGGCUGAAAGUGACCUGAAUGAACUCAAAGCUCUGAUGCACUCUCCCAGUGCCAUUGUGAAGAUGAAGUUCCUGUUGCUGCAGCAGAAGUAUCUGGAGUACCUGGAGGAUGGGAAGGUGUUGGAGGCACUGCAGGUUCUGAGAGGGGAGCUCACGCCACUCAAGUACAACACCGAGCGUAUUCACAUCCUCAGUGGGUAUCUGAUGUGCAGUCAUGCAGAGGACCUGCGUGCCAAAGCAGAGUGGGAGGGCAAGGGGGUCAGCUCCCGCUGCAGACUGCUGGACAAGCUGCAGACGUACCUGCCCCCCUCGGUCAUGCUGCCCCCCCGCAGGCUGCACUCUCUGCUGAGGCAGGCCGUGGAGCUGCAGAGAGACCGCUGUCUGUACCACAACACCAAGCUGGACAGCAGCCUGGACUCCGUGUCCCUCCUGCUGGACCACGCCUGCAGCCGAAAACAGUUCCCGUGUUACACUCAGCAGAUUCUGACAGAACACUGCAACGAAGUUUGGUUCUGCAAGUUCUCCAACGACGGCACGAAGCUGGCGACGGGAUCCAAAGACACGACCGUCAUCAUCUGGCUGGUGGACCCUGAGACCCACCAGCUGAAGCUGCUGAGGACUCUGGAGGGACAUGCGUACGGAGUCUCGUACCUGGCCUGGAGUCCUGACGACUCAUACCUGAUCGCUUGUGGGCCGGACGACUGCUCCGAGCUGUGGCUCUGGAACAUACAGACGGGGGAACUGCGGACGAAGAUGAGCCAGUCUCACGAGGACAGCCUGACCAGCGUGGCCUGGAACCCGGACGGCAAGCGCUUCGUGACAGGAGGCCAGAGAGGCCAGUUCUACCAGUGUGACCUGGACGGGAACCUGCUGGACUCCUGGGAGGGGGUGCGGGUGCAGUGUCUGUGGUGCCUGAACGACGGGAGGACGGUGCUGGCCUCCGACACGCACCAGCGCAUCCGCGGAUACAACUUCGAGGAUCUGACGGACAGGAACAUAGUACAGGAGGAUCAUCCUAUAAUGUCUUUCACUGUUUCUGAAAACGGAAGACUAGCUCUGUUAAACGUCGCCACUCAGGGAGUGCACCUGUGGGACCUGCAGGACCGGGUACUGGUGAGGAAGUACCAGGGCGUGACCCAGGGCUUCUACACCAUUCACUCCUGCUUCGGAGGCCAUAACGAAGACUUCAUCGCCAGCGGGAGCGAAGACCACAAAGUGUACAUCUGGCACAAGCGCAGCGAGCUGCCCAUCGCCGAGCUGACCGGACACACACGCACGGUGAACUGCGUGAGCUGGAACCCCGCCCUGCCCGGUCUCAUGGCCAGCGCCUCUGACGAUGGCACGGUCCGCGUGUGGGGCCCCGCCCCAUUCCUCGACGUCCACGCAGAAGAGAACAGCGGCAGCACCAUGGACAGUUGAUGGUUACCGCAGAGAGAGGGAAACACUGCUCUCGGAUGAAAACAGAUUUGAAUAUGAAGAGGUGAAAAGGAGCUGAAGAAAAGCCCUGCCGCGAAUGCGGACCUAUCACCGGAACUAAACUGUCAGGAGGUCUGCCCACCAUCUUGACCUCUGACCUGUGCACACGUGACUGGCUGCACUUCCUGUCUCAUACCCCACACUGCCUGAAGAAGCUCCGCCCCAUUGAAUGUGACUCACCCCCCCCCCCCACACCCACACACACACACACACACACACACACCCAGGGGACACCAGAAGGAGAUAUCAAGUUAAUUUAUUUCAACCUCUGCUCUUUCCUGCACUUUGGAGAUUAUCACCCAAGACCCCCGAAACCGGAUGCUUGUUUGAAUUUUUUUUAGUUAUAUUAUUGUUAUAAUUUAUCAGUUGAAUAAUGGAAAUGGUGUGUUUUAUUACAAUGUUUUCUGGAGAGCUCAUUUUCUCCCUUUAUUUCUCCGUUAAACCCACACUCACACAGUCGUUGAAUGGUCACACUGAAUUAUAGUGGAUUUUAAUCUGAAAGAUUUGCAGGGAUUUUAACAAUCUGACUUAACCAGGGAACAGAACUACACUUGAUGGCUUUUUUCUUUUUAGUUUGUUUAUUUUUAAUACCUGCCCCCCUCCAUUUCUUUGACCUCCGCAAAUAGGUUUUUUAAUAUACAGAUAUAGUCCUGACCAUGUGACCGGAUGGUGGCAGUUUGGGGAAGGUGUUGUCAUUUGUGGGUGUGUGGGGGGAGGGUGUUGAUAUUUAGGAGCUUUUCUACUUGCAUUUUUUGUCGCAUUAACCCCAAGUGGUGGCAUGCUGUGGAGAGACUUACUUCACCAGGAGUGGAAACACAGAGCCCGAUCAACCAAACCCAACACUGGAACACAUUUACUGAGCUGCAGAAAGUCCUGCUCUCUUCUCUUCCGUCACCCUCUGCUCCUGCUUUUUCUCUCCUUCUCUCUCCAGUCCCCGCCAGUAGAUGGGCAUUACGGCUGUCUUUGCUUUGCAGUGGACUGACGGACUAUUUACCGUUAACUGCUUUUCACCCCCCCAGUGUUCUAUGGAAUUUUUGUUACUAAUUUUUGUUUCUUUCAUGUUAUAUUAAAAAAUAUACCUUGCCUGUGGGUCCCUAUAAUUUAUACUUUUGUGCAUUUCUUUAACCAUUUGUAAAUGUAUAACUAUGUAUACUUAACACUUGACAUGUUUAUUAGGAGUGCUGGUAGGAUUUCAUUAUGGCCCACGUGGCCAUUAACUGACAGUGAAGUAACACUUUGCCUGAUUUGGUGUGCUGUAUAUUAUAUGCUGUUUGAUGAUGGUAUAUAUUAUAGUAUACGCCAGUUAAGCCACAGGCCACGUGCCGUGUACACCGUCUCGCCUGCAUCAGGUGAGACUCCAGUUUUUAUCACACCACAGUGAAGCAGCAACACACACACACCUCCAACUUAGAGAAGCAUAGAGGUGCUCAAAACUUCUUAUGCAAGUUCAUUUUUUGGUUUUCUAUUUUUUUUCCUUCUUUUUUCAAAGCUUGUAUCUUUUUAGUCUUCGCCAGGUGAGAUGUCUCCAGGUAUGAGUUGUUUUCUUUUUUUGUUUUUUUGGGUGGAGCAAUUGGUUCCGAGGACGUAUUUGCAUUUAAAUGUGUUACUACAAAAGUGAUUGUAUUGUUAUGUUAUGUGUUGGAGAAGUGUUAUGUAUGCAUAUUUUCAAUAAAGCAUUCAGGGUUUUAAAAAAAGGAAAUCCAACAAA